AUGGAAGAGAUAACAGCAGCACCGCAAGACGACGAUCCGGUUGCCCAACGGCGUGGGUCAACCGCCGCGGCCUGGCUGCUGCUCUACAGUGUCGCCAUGUUCACGUUACCUUUUGUAGCCUUCUACGGCACGCGGUAUGGCAUGACGCACUACUUGCACAUCGAUGGAUUUCCCAACACUUGCGGUUCCGUCGUGGCCGCCGUGCUGGUCGUGAACGUGAUCAUUUUCCUGUACGCGGUACGCGGAUACGAGGACGCAAAGGACGACGAUGACCAAAAGCCGGAGGAGGAAACGAACGAUGAUGGAAAGGGCGAGACGAAAAAAACGAACUAG